ACCACAACUUCCCCUCUUGACUAUGAGAUACGCAACACUCGAGUCUUCACCAGAACGCAGAGGAAAAAAAACCACCUGCAGGUCUUGUUUGCUGUUUGCUGGCCGCCGCUGAACGAGCCCGCCUGUCCGUGUUGAGCCCGUGUUGUUAUGGCAUUGUGGGGCAGGAGCCCAAUACAGAUUGCAAUCCCUCUCUGGAUGUCUUUCGGAACAGCUGCGGCUCUUGCAGAGCCUGAGAUCUGCUAUGUGCUGGAUGGCAUCCUGUUUUUGUAUGGCAUCAUCCUGACAGCUCUCUACUGUAGAAUUAAGAUCUACAAUGCUAGGGAGGCUGCAGCUGGGAAUCCAAAGGGCAAGAAUGUUGAAGAGGGCAUCUAUACGGGUUUGACUCCUCGUGCCCAGGAAACAUAUGAGACAAUUGGCAUGAAGAAGUGACAUGAUGGAGGAAACUUCA